AUGGACUAUAACGCGCCUGUAGCAAGGAGGACACGGCUAAGUGAGGAGAAAUACUGGAGGAAGAUAUGCGAGAAACAGGCUGGGAAACGAAAACUCCGUGAGGGGUCUGAUAAAAAAGAGAAAUCACGUAAGGAGUCCAAGGAAUGGGAUUGUGUCUCUCUGGAUGACUCUGAGGAGAAUGUGGAAGCCAGCAAGGACAAGAAGAAGAGUGGGAAGAGAAAACUCCAUGAUGGGUCCGAUAUGAAAGGGAAAUCACGCAAGGGGUCCAAGGAAUGGGACUGUAUUUAUGUUGAUGACUCUGAGGAGAAUGAGGAAGUCAGUGUGAGUCCAUCCAAGAAAGGCAAGAACAAGAAGAAGGGUGGGAAAAGAAAAUCUGCUGAGGGGUCUAAGAAACAGAGGCCCGGUUGUGAUGAUUCUGAUGACAGUGGAGCGGCCAGUGUGGAGAUCCUCAGUGAAAGUUCAUUUGGAAAGCAAGACAAUGAUUCUGUGGGUUUUGAUCAUGUUGAGAGUGCCGGAUCAAAUGGAAAGAAUUCUAAAUCUGGUGCUGUGGACAUUGAGAAUUUGUGUCCAGUUGACGUGGAGGAUAGUGAUGGUGAGGUGGUGUAUUUGGGUGAAGAGAAAGUAGGAGGUUCUGGUUGUUCGAGUACAGAGAGGAGUGAUGCCAGUGAGGAUACUGCUUCUGAUGGCUCAGAUGAAUCUUGGAAGAGUAGUUCUAGUGAGGAUGCUAUUUCUGAUGCCUCAGAUGAAUCAGAUGAUGAGUCUUUUGAACAAGAGAAGUCAGAAAGUUCUGUAUUUUCUGAGGAGUCGAAUUCAUGUUUUGGAGAGGGGCAUGAUGAUGAAAGAGAGGUUACCAAGACAAGUGGGAAACCAAGAAAGGGGAAAAGUGUUGAGGGUGAUGUUGAGGUGAAUAAGGGGAAGGACAUUGAUGCUAGUGAGAUUACAAAAGGAAGUGGGAAAGCGGGAAAGGGGAGAAGUGUUGAGGUUGGUGUGAGGAGAAAGAGAAGGGUUGGGUUGGAUAUGUCAGUUGAUGCAGAUGAUGACAUUGAUAGCAACAAAGAUGAUCCUAUUCAUUCUGCUCAAGAGCUUAAUAGUGUGGCAAAACGAAAUCGUUCACGAGUUAGUCGAAGAAGUGAAAAGAAGAGAAUAGAAUCCGGAACUGUAAAUCAAAGACUUUGUGUUGAUGAGGAUAAUGAGGAUUCUUCUUCCGGGCAUGAUAAUGACAAUGAGGAUGUUGAUUACGCCAAUUGCAGUGGUCUGAGAACUAGGUGCCACGAAAAGAAAACAGGGUCUGAUGGUGAUAGAAGAAAUGAUGAAGGUGACAAGACCUAUGGUGGUAGUCCAGAAACUGAGCCUAGUAAAUGGAACGGUGUCCACGGACUGUACAAGAAGAAUAAAAGGGAUAUCGAGAAUCUGACUAACAGAAGGUCCAUGCGGGCAAAGAAGGACUGUAAUGCUUUUAAGAUUCUUGUAGAUUCCAUUUAUGAGAAGGGAGAAGGGACACUGGAAGGGUCAGUUUCCUUUGGAGAUGAAGGCCCUAAAGAUGAAAGAAAUCCACCAGAAUCUGAGAUGACAACGCUUCCACUUAAGUUUACUUUUCCAUGUGAGCAGUCAAAUGUACCAAAAAAGUCAGAGUGUGAUCCAGAAGAAAAAGAACUAUGGGACGAUCUUGAAUUUGCUCUCAGAGCUUCUGAGAUUAGGUCCCAUGAUUCUAAUGUGGUUGAAAGUCAAGAUUCACUCCCUAUUGCUAACGAAGUUGAAACAGUAGCAAGCCUCUGUAGGAGAGGGGUUCAUCAGCUUAUACUUGAUGAAGAGAUUGGACUCCUAUGCAAGUUUUGCUCUUAUGUAGAUCAGGAGAUCAAGUAUAUUUUACCAGACUUCAUUGACUGCCCUUAUGGAAGAUUUGGCACAAGAGGCUCCGAAACAGACAACCGGUCUAUCUUUGAUGAGCUUCAAUCCCAUGUUUCUGAUUCUGAUCGCCAUUCUGGCUGUAAUUCUCAUCCUCACGUUGAAGGCACAGUGUGGGACUUAAUUCCUGGUGUUAAAAGUAGUAUGUAUCCCCAUCAGCAUGAAGGUUUUGAGUUUAUCUGGAACCAUAUAGCGGGUGGUAUUCAUCUUGACAAGUUGAAAAAGCCAAGGAGUGUUGGUGGGAAUGGAUGCAUCAUAUCACAUGCUCCUGGAACAGGAAAAACUCGCCUGACCAUUGUCUUUCUCCAGACAUACAUGGAGUUAUUCCCAGAUUGCAGGCCGCUUCUGAUUGCUCCUCGUAGCAUGCUCCUUACGUGGGAAGAGGAGUUUAAAAAAUGGAAGUUUGACAUUCCAUUUCACAAUCUUAACAACUUGGAGUUAUCUGGCGAAGAAAAUCAAACAGCUGUAAAUUUGGUGAUGCAAGCUCAAGGCAGGAAAAGUGUUAACAAAGAGAACAGCCGAAUGCUGAAGUUGUAUUCCUGGAAAAAGAACAGAAGCAUCCUGGGGAUUACUUACCGGCUGUUUGAGCAGCUUUCUGGAGCACAAAAAACUGGCUCAGCUGACGAAAUGGGGAAAAUCCUUCUUGAGUUUCCUGGUCUUGUAGUGUUUGAUGAAGGACACACUCCUCGGAAUGAUCAAAGUCAUAUGUGGAAGGCUUUGUCAGAAAUCAAAACAAAAAGCCGAAUUCUGCUCUCUGGAACUCCGUUUCAAAAUAACUUUCAGGAGCUAUUCAAUACAAUCUACCUUGUGAGGCCCACUUUUGCAGCCUCGAUUGAUUCUACUAAAUUCAAUAGGGAUCUUCCCAGAAAACGAGGCCGGAAAAGCAAUGGGGAAAAAUGGAAAAGGACUUUUGUGGCUAGUAGUAGUGGAAAAAAUGCUGAUGACAAAGAAAAACAUGCUACAGAGGUCAAAGCUCAAAUUGCGCCAUUUGUCCACGUCUAUAAAGGUUCUGUGCUGCAAGAUAGUCUUCCUGGGUUAAGGAACUCAGUUGUUGUUUUACACCCAACCCCGCUACAGGUGAGGUUUCAUAAGAGAAUUCAAGGGGUGAAGGAACUGUUUCGAUAUGAAAACCUAGAGGCUUUAAUAUGUAUUCAUCCUUCCCUCUUGCUUAAGGAUAAGGAAGAUGCAUUUUCUGCUGACCGGGGUAGGUUAGAGGAGCUUAAAUUAAAUCCCGAUGCUGGAGUCAAGGCAAAAUUUGUGAUGGAACUCAUUCGGCUCAGCGAUGCUAUGAAGGAAAGAGUUCUGGUUUUCAGUCAAUACCUUGAUCCGUUAAUCUUUAUAAGGGAUCUUCUGAAAUCUCUAUUUCAGUGGACUGAAGGGGAAGAGGUGCUGUAUAUGGAUGGGAAAUGUGAUAUGAAGCAGCGUCAAUCCUCGAUGAAGGUUUUCAAUGAUCCAUCUAGCAAUGCCAAGGUAUUACUAGCUUCAACUAAAGCAUGUUCCGAAGGCAUAAGCCUUGUUGGAGCUUCCAGGGUUGUAUUGCUUGAUGUCGCAUGGAAUCCAUCUGUGGAGAGGCAAGCAAUAUCCCGUGCCUACAGGCUGGGACAGAAGAAGGUUGUGUUUGUCUACCAUCUCCUCAUGGACGGAACUAACGAAGAGGAUAAAUACAGUCGCCAAGUUGACAAGAGUCGUUUAUCUGAGUUGGUGUUUUCUGAUUCAGACAAGAAGGCUCUCGAGAAGGAAAUCCGAGCCACAGUUUCAGAGGAUAAAAUCUUGGAAGAGAUGGCUCAGCACGAGAAACUGAAGCACAUAUUUAAAAGCAUAGCUUUACUGCAUGAAGACAUAUACUUUGAGCAGCUAGGCCAGUCAACUUUUGGUUAA